GAUAGCGUCUUGGAGAAGGGAUUUACCCCUGUGUUUUUAUUCCUCCGUGCUCCUACAAAGUCUGAGUCGGUUUCUUUAGACUGUGAGAUUAUAGACUAUGGCGUUUUCAGCGAGCUGCAAAAGGGCGUUCUUUUUUGGUAGCUUGUUGAUCCUUGUGAAGGUCAAGAACGUGACGCCAAAAGGCAAUGGAACUAUAGGUGUGAAGGGAGCUAGCGAUACGGAAGCCGGUCGGCUGGUAAAUGACCUAAUGGCGGGCUAUGGACCUGGCUUUGUCCGGCCUGUUUUGGAGACAAACAACCCAACAGUUGUGGAAUACAGGCUGCUCAUUCACGAACUAAUAGAAUUGAGUACCCGAGAACAAAAAUUCAAAAUCAAUGCUCGUCUGAGAGUGUCUUGGAGGGAUGAAUUUCUUCAAUGGGAGCCCAGCGAGUAUGGCGAUACCAAGGUUAUCUUCCUCCCGGCCUCUUCAAUAUGGCAGCCAGACAUCACCCUAAUGAGGAAUAUCGAUGAAGACUUUGAAGUCAUGAAACCAACUUCUGUUCGAGUCAACUCAACUGGACACGUCUCGUGGUUCACACUGGCCUUUCUCUCCAGUUCGUGUGACGUAAAUGUCAGAUACUUCCCCUUUGACAUCCAGAGGUGCGAGAUGAGAUUUAGCUCCUGGAGUUAUUCCAUCGAAGACAUCGACCUGUACCUGGCCAAGUCAAAGGACGCUCAACAAACAAGCUAUCAAGAGAAUGGUAUCUGGGAUCUGGUGGAAGUUCAAACAGCCAGGGAGGUGAAAUCCUACAUCGCGGGAGACUAUCCAGAGGUGUCCUAUACCUUCGUGUUGAAGAGACGAUCCGAGUACUAUUACACCAACGUCGUUGUACCCUUUCUGUUCCUGUCCCUGAUUUGUAACCUCAUUUUCCUUCUGCCUCCUGCCGGCAAAGACGCCAAAGUCACGCUGGUCAUAACUAAUCUUCUGGCUCUCAUAGUCUUCCUCCAGAUUGUUGCUGGUGUCAUGCCGCCCGUUGGAGAAAUCCCUGUUCUAGCAACCUACUUUCUGACUCUCAUCAUUCUCGUCUGCAUCUCCAUCGUCAUGACGAUCUUCGUGUACACUGUUCAGCACGGAUCUGAUCAGCCGCCUCGCUGGUUCCGUCGCGUGGUGUUGGGCUUCAUGGCCAGGGCAGUGUGCAUGUACGACAGCGCUGUGGCUGGCUUUGAUGAGAAGGGAGUCAGUGAAAACGAAGAGCUUCAGCCACUGGAAGUGAACGCCAAUAAAGAUGGGGCAAACCUGCUGGCUGUCCAGAUUCCGCAGUCGCUUCUGGAUGACGUCGCCUACCUUCGCAACAAGGUAGAAUCGCAAGAGAAGGGAGACUUCUUUGUUUUGCAGUGGGAGUACGCCAGCCGGGUCAUCGACCGCUGGCUGCUGAUCAUAUCCAUGACGGUGUGGGCUCUGGCUACUAUCAUUCUGCUGGCAGUGAGUCAUGAGUAAACUUGGUAUAUUAGAUAUUAGGGAUUCACAAAAACGAAGUUAGCGAUUCAAGAUCGCCCCAUGCACUUGUUUGCAUGGAAUUCCUUUCAGACUGGAACUAUGAAAGUGAAUUCAAAUUUCUUAAAAUCAAUACGGGCGUUUC